GGGCAGGUGAGUGAGGGGCCCAGCGCCCUGGGCCGGUGGUUCCUUCUCUGCGGGUACCGGACAUUACCAGACGGACCCAGCCUUCUCGAACCUGAGCAUGUGUGUGACUGUGUGUCAGGCAAGGAGGGCCUUCGAAAGGGGAGGACAGUGCGGGGAGCCCAUUUGUGCUACCGGCUGCUUACAACCAAUGUAGUCAUUGUAAUUACAAGAUCUCCUCGAGCCAGGGAGAAGGGCAAAAAGACAAAAACUGAUAGGACACACGCAAUAAGACACGAAAUCCGCCUUGUUUGUAGUUUAAGUUUCGCUGAUAGAGGACCAGAAAAUAAAGUCCUAACCGAGUUGGACGUGAGGGCAGGUUGUCCUGGAUCAGUGCUCGGGGCAGGUCUGGAAAGAGCCCUGGGGCUUUGGAGCCCUGCCCUCAGCAGUGUGUCCUUGGACAAAUUGUUCCCGUUUCUUGCCUGGCAUGUGAGAGGCAUUCGAUAAAUGGUAGUACUGUUUCAAAGAGUGGGCAGCCAGUGAUUUCAAGUUAAAAAAACAGGGACGUGACAUAAAAUGAUCACCUCAUUUAUGGAGCCCUGGCCGUGCAUCCUGUCCUGUACUUUUGGGAUUUUCUGUGCAUCACCUCAUUUAAUCCUUAUAUGGGGAAAAGGUCCUAUUAUUACCCCUAUUUGAUAUCUGAGGCAGAACAAGAUUAAGUAGCUUACUCAAGGGUACAGGCUGGUAAGUGGCAGCACAGGGGCCUGAGCCCUGCUCUUAAACACUUCGCUGUGCAGACAUAGUAAGAGAAGGGCUUGGGAGGUAUGAAUUGGCAGCACACAGGACUCAGAAGGUCCCUGGGUGGUGCAGUUUGUGCUUAGUUGGCGGUUGGAACCCACCCGGCAGCACCACAGAAGAAAGGCCUCGCAAUCUGCUACUGUAAAGAUUACAGCAAGAGAACCCUAUGGGAUAGUCCUACUCUGCAAAUUGGGGUCGCCUUGAGUCAGAAGCGACUCUACUGCACUGGGUACAGGCAGGACCUUAGAGGUUAAGUAGCCGUUUUUCAUUUGUAGGGUCAUCGUUCUUACCAGAACACUAUUUGAAAAGAAAUAAUGUUAGAUAGCUGUUUCCAAUUAAAAAAAAUAGUUGUUGUUAGCUGCUGUUGAGUUGGCCCCUGACUCAUGGCAACCCAUACACAAUGUGACAAAAUGCUGCCUGGUCCUGCAACUCCCCCUUCCCAUGAUCGGUUGUGGAUCAGUCUGCUGUGAUCCAGAGGGCUUUCACGGGCUGAUUUUUUGGAAGUAGAUGGCCAGGCCUUUCUUUCUAGUCCAUUUUAGUCUGGAAGUUCCACUGAGACCUGUUCAGCAUCAUAGCACUCGUAAGCCUCCACGGACAGACAGGUGGUCACUAUGCAUGAGGUGCGUUGAUGGAAAAAAAAAAAAUAGGAACAAAGCAAUAUGAAAAUUCUGUUUUUAUAAACUGGUGAUACUUGUAAUUUUUCAGGUUUUUGGAAGAGAAUAAUGACAUUGUAUUGUAAAUCUAAAGAGUUAAUAAAAGAAAACACCAAGUAUUUAGAGGUAAUUUUUAUUUUUCAGAUAAAACUCAUCAAUGCUUUGAAAAAAACUGCUCUAGACCAAAGGGAUUGUUUGACACAUAAAUAUAUGUGUAAACUUUAAGUCUCCUGAAGGCAAUGGUGAAAGAAAAGAAAAAAGCAGAUAAAAAAGGAGACAAGUCAGCCCGCUCCCCGUCAUCUAUCAGUGAUUAUCCAGAGUCUUCCAAACAAGAUGGCAGCGCCGUACCUCAAGAAAUGUCCCCAAGUGGCGCCUCACAAUUGGAAAAACAGCCCAGUGAAACAGGACCCAAAAUAGAGUCAAAAAAGGAAAAUCAGCAGCAUGAAGACACCACUCAAUAUGAAGAGCCCGUUCUGACCAAACUCAUAGUGGAAAGCUACGAAGGGGAGAAAGUCCGUGGGCUGUAUGAGGGUGAAGGCUUCGCAGUCUUUCAGGGAGGUGGUGUGUACCACGGUAUGUUUUCAGAAGGACUCAUGCAUGGACAAGGGACAUAUAUUUGGGCUGAUGGGUUGAAAUAUGAGGGGGACUUUGUGAAGAAUAUCCCCAUGAACCACGGUGUGUACACGUGGCCAGACGGCAGCACCUACGAGGGAGAAGUGGUCAACGGCAUGCGGAACGGCUUUGGGAUGUUCAAGUGCAGCACGCAACCCGUGUCCUACAUCGGCCACUGGUGCCAGGGCAAGAGGCACGGGAAGGGUUCUAUUUAUUACAAUCAAGAUGGCACCUCUUGGUAUGAGGGAGACUGGGUGUACAACAUCAAAAAGGGCUGGGGGAUAAGAUGUUACAAGUCUGGAAACAUAUAUGAAGGCCAGUGGGAAGACAACGUGCGCCACGGGGAGGGGAGAAUGAGGUGGCUGACCACCAAUGAGGAGUACACUGGGCAAUGGGAGAGGGGGAUCCAGAAUGGCUUUGGAACGCACACGUGGUUUCUAAAGAGAAUCCCCAACUCCCAGUAUCCUUUGAGAAAUGAAUACAUAGGAGAGUUUGUAAAUGGAAACCGGCAUGGACACGGCAAAUUUUACUAUGCAAGCGGAGCCAUGUAUGAGGGAGAGUGGGUUUCCAAUAAAAAACACGGCAUGGGGCGGUUCACUUUCAAGAAUGGGCGUGUGUACGAAGGCCCAUUUUCCAAUGACCACAUAGCACAGUUUCCAAGUCUUGAAACUGACUUAACGACUCACCUGGACCUGUGUUCAGGAGGCACCACCAGGAGCAGCCGUGGCUUCUCCGUCAGUGCUGAAAUUAUCAGAAAGCUCGAUGGCAGCGAAAAUAAUCCUGUGCUAGGAACAAGCAUUGAACUGGACCUCAGCUGGUUGCUGGCUAUGUACCCUGAGAAAGACCGACCAGCAGAAAAGAAGCAGGUAGAAUUUGCUAUCUUAAGAAAUAUUACAGAACUAAGAAGAAUCUAUAGCUUUUACAGCAGUCUAGGUUGUGAUCACUCUCUAGAUAAUACCUUUCUGAUGACAAAGCUUCACUUCUGGAGAUUUCUGAAAGACUGCAAAUUUCAUCACCAUCAACUAACUCUUGCUGAUAUGGACAGGUUACUAAGUGCCAAUAAUAACAUACCAGUUGAAGAAAUCCAUUCUCCAUUUACAACAAUACUUUUGAGAACAUUUCUGAAUUAUCUCCUGCAGUUGGCUUAUCACAUUCAUCACAAAGAAUUCCAAAAUAGAAGCCCGUCGCUCUUCAUGUGUUUCACAAAACUGAUGACUGAGAACAUCCAUCCAAACGCCUGCCAGGUGAAAGGCAGCCUGUUCAGUGAGCCACAGCGGACGCUCUAUUCAAUGAAUUACAUCGAUAAGUGCUGGGAGAUUUACAUCGUUCACUGCAGACCAAAUGCGUUUCCUCCCGGAGAACUUACUAUGAAGAUGAGACAUUUCCUCUGGAUGCUGAAAGACUUUAAAAUGAUAAAUAAAGAAUUAACAGCAACCAAAUUUGUGGAAGUCAUAGCAGAAGACAAUCCUUUCAUACACGAUGGAAUUGACAGCAACUUUGAACUUGAGCUGGUGUUCCUUGAAUUCUUCGAAGCUCUUUUAAGCUUUGCACUCAUCGCUGUUACUGACCAAACGACUAAAUCAGGUAUCAGUGUUCCAAAUGAAGAGCUGUCUGGAAACAGAUACGGGAGUAUGCAGACCAUAGCAAAUCAGAGCACUCAGAACAGGAGUCCAAGUGCAGUGACAAGCCACGAAUCUGAUAUCAUUCACUUUGCCAGCGCCAAGUCAUCGUCAAGCAAGUUAGGACUCUCGUUUGAUAUUAGCAGAGUCAGGAAAUCAGAGGCCAAGAUCAAGAAAUCUAUAAGUGAAGAAAAAGUUUCCAGAAUUAGUUUUAAACCUGCAGGAAAAGGGGUAUCCCUUUUUUCAUCUCAAAAUGAGAAAUUUGAAAAACUGAAGGAUGAUCAGAAGGAAAAACUAAAUAUGUGGGUCAGUCAUUUGUAUGUCUUUUUUGUGAACACGCUCUUCCAAGCAUACAAACAUGAAGAAACUCUAAAGGAGAAGAUAAAGGAAAAUAGAUUACGUGACGCUAAGAUGGCGCAACAGAGGAAAAUUGAAAACGAUGAACUGGAAGCAAGGCUGAGUAUCUUGAGAGAGGAAGAGGCCAAAAGACAAGACUAUGAGGUCGACAUUACAGUGAUAAAGGAACCGGCAGACGCCCCAUCCUUGCAUUUGACACCCAGCCCUCCUAAAGAGGACAUGGUGGCCCAGGCCAGCAAGUCCAUCACAAGUAAGAAAAAGAAAAAGUAAAGGCUGCUAGAUAACAUAAAUCAGCCACAAGAGAGCACACAAAUGUAAAAGGAGCUCUGAACUACAGGCACUGUUAAUGAAUUUACUGACCAAUAAAACUGUGUUUUACCUCUUCCUUUGUUAUUUUUGAAAUACUGGUACCUUGGCCCACUGUGUUUCAUGUUUCCUACAUGGGUGAGGAGCCCUGGUGGCACGACAGUUAAGUACUCGGCUGCUAACGGAAAGGCUGGUGGUUCGAAUCCACCCAGUGGCUCUGCAGGAGAAAGACUGGGUUAGCUGCUCCCGAAAAGAUUACAAAUUAAGAUUGAAAAAUUACCUGAGAAUGCUGCCAAAAAGAUUACAGUCUAGAAAACCCUAUGGGGCAGUUCUACUCUGUCACGUGGGGUCACUAUGAGUCAGGUUCAACUCUAC